CCUUGUUUGCUUUGUUUCUUUUCUCCACUAAAGGCACGGACACAAGUAUGCACACAGUGUACAGCCUACGGCGAUUGUUAGUAUGAGCACAGUAAAUGGACUGGUCAGAGAGAAUACGAGUCGAGAAAAUAUCAGGAAUCGCGCUGCGUUGGCAUUAAUUACCGACGACGAAAUGACUACGGCGGCUUCGACCGAUAUGCAGGCUUCUAUCGGCUCGGUGGAACCAGUUUGUCUGGAAGGCACCCUGCAUUGUCGAAAAGGUCGCAAUUCUGCCUUUAGUCCGGCCUUCUGGAAACGGCGUUUUUGCUACUUGGAUUUGACGGACGGUGGUUCGAUUACUAUUUACAAAGAACCUCCAGAGUACGCCAUCCAUCGUCAGGCACAAGAGCACCAUCAGCAUCAUCAAUCCCAUAGCGAUACCGACACAAACGAGUCAUCUUCGAAACCUUCGGCAACGGUGCUGCGAACUGUGUAUUCACGAUUGCAACGCUCGCUGUCAGUACCUUCCUUAAAGUCUCUCGCAGAUGUUGGCAAAGUCGACAUUCACAUUCCUGCCCAGAUGCCUUGGAAAGUGAAGGAUGUGGAAAACGACUCAUCAUGUUUUGUUCUUGAGAUUCCAACCAAUGGUGAAGAGGGAUUUCCCUUUGCGGACCACUCGGAUGCCGCGAGUUGCUCUCUCGAUCAACCCCACAACUCCUUUGCGGACGAUGGUUUACAUUCGAUCGAAGAAGACGAGGAGGAAGACGUGGACGAAGGUUGGGGUCACCUGUCCUCCAUACAAGAAGGAAGUGUGGUUGCCGAAAGCGAACUUCACGACGACAUUGUACGAGCCAGAAACCAUGGACGGCCAAUGAGAUUGUAUUUUCGUUGCAACAAAGGCUACAGCAACGAGAAGGCACUCUGGCUGCGAGCUUUUUCGCGUCUCGGGCGGCUUUCAGAUGAUGUUCGCCGCAAAAAGAGCCUUCUUACUUCGCUGAGAACUCCGUUGCAUUUGAUGGGGCAUAACCGGAUGCGGAUCCGUAGCCAACGAGAUGCCACUUUUGCGAGCGAUACUCGACAACUAGAUCUAGAUGAGACGGACACCGAAUCCGUGGACUUCCAUAUUGCCAACGAUGUGGAGCACCAAGUACGGGGAUACGCAGGCCGGGCCAGCCGUGAUAAAGAAUUCCGUGUCCUGCCAACCUACGCCUACCCACAUCGUUGGAUGACACACCGGGAAAUGAGGGAUGACAUGGUAUUGCCUGCGGGUCAGUUUCAUGAUCUCCGCACACCCGAUUGCAAAGAGAAGGAAAUUGGCUCACUGCGUGUUGAAGUUCUCCAGUGCAUAGGAUUACCAAAACUAGACCGAAUGGCGGAGACCGAUGCCGUCGUAUACUUGGUAUGUGGAUCCUACGCCUUCGCGACCGACAUCAUUCCAAACCGGGCCAAUCCCAUGUGGCUACGGAUGGCUCGUAGGGCUUGCAUUUUUCCUUUGUUUCACGCGUAUGCCCGACUAUACGUAGGAGUCUUUGAUGACGAUGGAAAAGGAGUGAAAGAUGAUUUCGCAGGUCGUGUUGUGGUCGACCUGGCGCGAUUGCGACCGGGAACAUCGUAUGAUGUGACUCUUCCCUUGCGACUAUCGACGCAUGUAUAUUCUCGCCGACGCCGUGGGGCUGUUCGAUUACGAUUUACUUUAAACUGGAACACGGAAAAGGACGCUCUCCUUUCCUACUUACCAAAAAGUCUCAAGAUACCUCUGCCGCAAAAUUCAAAGCCCAGGACGGGUAUAACUGUUGCGUGUGCAGACGAGAAGGCCUUUCGGAAUGUUGCUAUCACGAUCCAUGGUGCGCACAUCCCCGGACGCUUUACAUUUCAGCAGAUGAAGGCAGCAAUCCGAGAGAUCAAUUUCACGCGCAAGUAUAUUUUUACCUUUAUCCGGAUAGAGCUUCGGGAUACUCGAACCUGGCAAUAUCCCGGUGUUUCAGCGUAUGUGUUCUUGACCUGGAUGCACAGCAUCUACUCAAAUGCAUUUUCCUUAGUACCGGCAUACUUUGUGCUCUACCUACUUCUACAACUGAUGCGAACAUACGUCAAGUAUGGCAUAGACGGUCCUGGUCAGCGUGGUUUCGUUCCACCGUCGUGGGAGGAAAUGUUCACUUCCCUUUUCCGAAAACGCGAUAAGAACUACCGUCCAAUCGAACCGCUUGAGCUUGGCUUGCGCCCCUUACCUUUAAGACGCCGAAGGACUCCAGAGUCAAUGUUGAGCACGUCACCAUCUGUCUUUGAACAGUUCAACUACAAAGUCUCGACACACAUUCCGAAGGGCAAGUGGUUAUUUCGUCUACUAGGGUUCUUACCAGACCGAGACGAUGCGCAGCUCUCUAUGGAAGAUGAUCAUCUUGAAUUCCCUUUUGCAAGUGGAAAAAUUUAUCCAAAACUGAGCGUGAAGGAGGCUCUCGCACUGCGUAAAGGAGAGACGGAGAAGGUUACGCCUGAAAUUCCGAAUGCGUCGUUUCAAAUUUCUACUACCAAGCACGGAGAGGUUCAUUCAAUGAUGCCUAGAUUCGACAUGGAAUUUGAUCUCCUGAGGAAGAACUCCUCCGGUUUCAAGGACUACGAUUUUGAGGAAGACUAUUUUGCUCCGAGGAAGGCUGUUGCAUACACCGGGAAAAAAGCUGGAAAGAAGGCUGCCUCCACACUAACCUACGCAGCAUCAGAGAUCACCGAACGUACGGGCCUGCACAAUGUCGUUUAUCCAAUUCGUGAUGGGAUUGGGAUGGGUUUAAAUCAAGUGAGAGAUGGUGUAAGCUCUGGCGUCGACAUGCUCAAUCCAAGGCACCAUAGAAGAUCUAGCAGCUGCGAACCGGAAAUACUCACCUCGAGCUUCAAGUCGCAUCAGAGAUCGAGCGACGAGGAUCCAAAUGAGCUUCACACAGGCGAGAAUCGGUGGCUACGGAGCAGAAAUUCAACAGCACUAAGCUGGAGUUUCGAUCUUGAAAAAACAAAUGAUAUUGCGGUUACCAACGUAACAAGCGUUCACUCUGCUCCGCCCAGUGAAAACACUUCUGAACCUUCAUCUCAGAAUACCAAUGCAGUCGUCCCGGAGCAAAACAUUGACGUGGAAGGUCCAAGUUCUGGGAAGAAGUUGACAGAUGAUCUUGAUGAAAUCAAAGACAAAAUGCACGAACUUACGUGGCACAGGUUUGACGACAAAGCCUAUGUUCUGAAUAAGACUGGUUCACUGUAUUUUGGAGAUUCCAAGAAACCCGAAAAGCGACGCAAGACUGAUGUGCCUCGAAGACUCGACAAGCUGCUCCAUCUCGGCCAGUACUCGCAUUCAAAUCCGUUUGUGGCCCGGGUUGGUCUGUAUGUUGAGCCAAUAAUUGGUUCCUCAUACAGCUUCCUCUGUUUAUUCCGUGCAGGCUUCAACGUUGUUACAUGGAGAGAUCCAAUGCUAACAUUUUGGUUGUCCCUUAUAUGCGGAGUUCUCGGCUUGGUUCUUUUUAUUUUUCCAUGGAGGCUUUUUCUUUUCAUUUUGGGAGUUCUUCUCGUUGGGCCGCAAAAUUGGGCAAUCCGUGUUCUUCGAGAACGUGGCCACUUGCCACCAGCCAAGCUCUCGCGAUCGGCAAAACACCGCCUAAAUCCAGAAGACCCCCAGUCUAGUCAGAAAGAUGAGGAGAAUCACAAUUCGUGGAAAGACCAGCCUGUGUUUGCUUGUCAUCAUCGACCGAACCGGAGUGGGCCGGUUGGUCCACCGAACGUUGAUCCCAGGGAAGUCCAUCGAGUCGUAGUUCCAUACAGUCCUCUGAUUUACCAACGCUUUUACGACUGGCCUCCAGAGCCACAAUACGCUCAAGUGAAGUGUGAUCAAACGGAAGAUGCUCGCCGACGCAGCACCUCAAACUCUCCUUCGUCACGGGGUCGCGGGAUUAAUCGGUUUCGUCGCCGACACAGGCGACGCGGCGUCUCUUUGGAUCGUUCCGUGUCGUCUUCUCCAAGUCCGAGGAAAGGGACAUCGUCUAAUGAAACCCUUUGGUCUAGCGUUGGUAAGAAAGACACGUAGACCUACUUUGGAAUGAUAGUUGAUUUAAUCUUGUCAAAGAAACUAUUGCGUCU